AUGGGUUACGAAGACUCUGUCUACCUGGCUAAGCUCGCCGAGCAGGCCGAGCGCUAUGAGGAGAUGGUUGAGAACAUGAAGGCCGUUGCGUCUGCAGACCAGGAACUCUCCGUCGAGGAGCGGAACCUCCUGUCCGUCGCUUACAAGAACGUCAUUGGUGCUCGCCGCGCGUCUUGGAGAAUCGUCACAUCCAUCGAGCAGAAGGAGGAAUCCAAAGGCAACGAUGCUCAAGUCGCCCUUAUCAAGGAGUACCGCCAGAAGAUCGAGGCUGAGCUCGCCAAGAUCUGCGAAGACAUCCUGGAGUGCCUCGAUAAGCACCUCAUUCCUCACGCUGAGAGCGGCGAGUCCAAGGUGUUCUACCACAAGAUGAAGGGUGACUACCACCGCUACCUUGCCGAGUUCGCUGUUGGCGAGAAGCGCCAGCAAUCCGCUGAUAAGUCGCUGGAGGCUUACAAGGCCGCUACCGAGGUCGCUACCACCAGCCUGGCUCCUACGCACCCCAUCCGCCUUGGCUUGGCCCUGAACUUCUCGGUGUUCUACUAUGAGAUCUUGAACUCCCCUGAUCAGGCUUGCCAGCUGGCCAAGCAGGCGUUUGACGAUGCUAUUGCUGAGCUUGAUACACUGUCCGAGGAGAGCUACAAGGAUUCUACUCUCAUCAUGCAGCUCCUCCGUGAUAACUUGACCCUCUGGACUUCUUCCGAGACUGAGGCUCCCACUGAGCAGCCUGCUGCUCCCGAGCCCGCCCCUGAGGCGCCCAAGGAAGACGCACCUGCCGCCACUGAGGAGGCCAAGGCUUAG